UCUGAGCUGAGCGCCAUGUGGACGACGCUGCAGCUGCUGGCUCAGGUGCCCGGCCCUCGAAGCGACAGGGACAAGGUUCAGCGCUGGCUGGACGCCGCCGUCAGCCGGAUCUCGGCGGCCAGCCGGUUGCCCCUCCAGCUCCAGACCCCUACCCCGCUGCCUCCAGCGGUGCGGCCGAGGCGCAGGACACACUCGUACAAUGAUACAACCUCCAGCGGCAGCUACCAGUGGCUGCCUCAGCAGAUAACCACCGCCAGAGGCCUGCGCCUGAUGGACCGCCAGUACAUGCUGGCGCUGCAGAGGCGCACUCUGGAGAAACACCUGCAGGCGCAGAGGGAGCGCAUCCAGCACAGGGAGGCUGCAGAAAGAGAACGUGAAAAGCAACUGGCUCUGCAGAAAACGCCGCCUUUUCUACAGAAGCUGAUUCACAACUCUGCAAUGGGCGGCCACCCAGGAAGUAGAUACGCCACUACAAAGCGCAGGCUGCAGGCGAAGCGUCGCCGGAGAGCGAUACGCGCGAUAGAGGACUUCUGGUUGGACCGGGACCCUCUGACGAUGAUCGCCAUCUCUGCGCCGUGGCCGCCACAGCAACAACAGCAACUGCAUGGGCUGCCCGCGGCCCCUGCUGCAGAAGAUGACGACGGGACCCCCGCUCCGCCAGACAUACAGAAGCUUUUGGAAGCCCAGACAUUGGAAGAAAUGUACGCGUUAGCGGAGGAGAUCUUGCGUAAGAAGAAAGCACCGACGCCAAACCAGCGACCAGGAAAGCACUCUUUCUGAGGACGUGGCUACUAGAUUAUGUUACACUCCAGACUUUGGGACACCAGCGCAGAAAGAUUCCUGGCAUGAGUUUUGCGCCGCUUCAGUAGUCGUCAAGACAUCAACAGCUUAAGUAACGAGUAACGAUGGUGUGAGCCGGCAGUAAAGAGACCUGACGUAUUCUCUCAACUGCAACGUUAUUCUACACGGUCUGUUAAACAUUAACUGGUUAUAUGGUGUGUUCCUCGUCUCAAAUUAAGAAAGACAGCAAAAAAUGGAAAACUUUGUGGACAUUUGUUUGGAUAAUCUACUAUUGAAAGUAUACUUCACAUGUUAUUACCAUAAAAGUCAAUAUGCUUAUGAAAUCUUCCAGGAAUACUACAAAAUAUGGCUUAUGUAACACAUGAUUUCAGCACAAAUUAAUCAGAUUGUUCGACAUGCACCAGCCAAUAAAUAUUG